GCCUCAAGGAAAGCCCGCCCCUCCUGUGGCGCGGGCCCGGGAUACCCUUCCGGGCUGGACAGUGCACAGUGCGCGUGCGUCGGCGCCAUGGCCUCAGUUGGGUUGUCCCGGUUACUCGGCUGCGUCCCGGCCGCGGCGUGGAGAGCGGCAAGAUCACCCCUUCUGUGUCAUUCUUUGAGGAAAACGAGUUCUUCUCAAGGAGGAAAGUCUGAACCUGUCAAGCAAUCCCUUAAGAAGCCCAAGUUACCAGAAGGUCGUUUUGAUGCACCAGAAGAUUCCCAUUUAGAGAAAGAACCACUGACAAAAUUUCCAGAUGAUGUUAAUCCUGUUACCAAAGAAAAAGGUGGACCCAGGGGCCCGGAACCUACCCGCUAUGGAGAUUGGGAACGAAAAGGACGCUGCAUUGAUUUUUAAGCCAUGUAUUCUUUACCUUCACUAUCUGUUUCUGAAUAUGCACAUCUGAAUUAACUGAUUACUUUAUUUUUGUAUAUCCUUUAAGUCAUCUAAUUUCUAUAAUGUGUUUAAAAAUAUAUAUGAUGGCUUUGGAAGAAAAUAUGCUGCUAUAAAUUAGGAAAGGGAAAAUAUACAUUAGCACAUUAAUUUAAAUGUAUUGAGGUAUAUAAGUGAUGAGAAAAGCAAACUUUUCCUUCAUAUUUCAGUUAAAUCAGUUGCUUAUAAAAUGCAAAUGUGAAUAAAAUAAGUUUUUUAUUGAUUGCAUUGCCAUGUGCUAGGUAAUAGUGGCUUUUUAAAUGCGGAUUGAGUGGUGCAUUAUAGUUUGAGGAGACGACAGUAACAUCAGAAAGUCUUUAACUUGGAGCCAGAUGACUUGCGUCCAAAUCCUGGCUGUACUGCUUACUAGCUGUGUUACCUUGGAUAGGUUAUUUAUCUUCUCUGUUCUUCACUAUCUUUAUGUGUAAAUUGGAGAUGAUGCUCAUUCCACCUGAUAGGGCAGUUGAGACGAUUAAAUGAGUAAAUACCUGUGAACCGCUUGGAGCAGUGCAUAGCACAUACUUCUCAGUAAGUGGUAGCUAGCUUUAAACCAUAAAUGUAUUUAUCCAAGUCUCCACACUUCCUGGGGGAAAAGAUUAAGAAACUGAAAUUUGAAAUACUAAAAUUGAAAUUGUCUUAUAUGAAUAUAAUGUUAAAAAUCUUUAGUUGGAAAGUUAGUGAUUAUAUGCAUGAGUGAACUGAGGUGAAAUAGACAUUAGUUUGUGAAACAUGAAAUUCAGGUACAGAGGGCAAAUAGGAGAAAAGCAGCGAUGGAAUGGACCAGCUCAGUCAGUUUUGAUUGACUCAGAAGCUCCUACCGUGUGUCCUUCGGACAACUGGGUCAGAAAAAGUCAAGUCCAGUUGACAGAUGUGGAAUGAAGGAAGGAUGGAAACUACUGGGCUCCCCAAGGCGUCUUUCGCUGUCCUGUGGCCUCAGUCACAAAGACCGAGCCUUCAGCCCCCAGGACACUAAAAUUACUUAGAGAGGGUUUGCAAAGCCCGUAGAAGAAAGAAUGCAGUGGGCUGAUACUAUGUGAUGUGAACUGUAGGUGCAGUAUUAUUUGAGAAGAUUGUACGGAGACUUAUUUAAGAGAAGAAGCUUUUUAAAAAAGUGUAUUUUCCCCAGAUACACACAAAAGAGUAUGGUAAUUGGGACUAGUCAUUCAGUCUUGAUCCCAGUUGUCUCUCAGUCAACAUGUGUUCUUUUAAUUGCAGUUACUGUGUGUGCUGCUAAGUAAUAACCACAUUCCUUUAGAAAUACUCUAUAAUUUAGUCAGCCUUCAAUUGCCCAAAUUAUUGAAGAUUUUUAGUAAGUUAACAGUCCAGAAAUAUUGUGUUAUUUUGUACUGUAUAGCUUUGCUUGUGUUCCACAUUGAUCAUCAUGAUAUGUGAUAAGGACAACUUACAUAUUUCAGAAGCUAACAUAAAAUAUAUAAUAACUGAAGUGUUGUGUUAAGAUAAUAGAAUCUUUAACCUCUGUCAAUAGUAACGUGAUUCAUGACAGCUAUCAAAUAUAUAGGUAAAAGUUGGUGGAAUGAAAACAUACUUGGUCUUAUGUCCAUCAAAACCCUGAAGACUUAGAAAAGAUGAUACGGCAGCAAUGGAACGCGUAACUCAGAUCUGCAGGAAGUAGAGUUGACGGAGACGCAGCUGCUGCCCCGUGGGAUCCACCACCAUGUUCCUGCCGAGGCCACACUUCCCCAGGCUGUUCCUAGCCAAUGAGUGGGUAUGACGGGGCUGCAGUGAAGCAGUCUGAUGGCCCACUCCCCUGCUGGACGACCUUGGCUCAAGGACUCCUCAUUAGCCUGCCCGGAGUUUUCUUAGGACUGUGCUGCUGUCCGAGGCUCUUCCUGCCCAGUCCUCCUCUCCUUCCCUCUCCCUUCACAGGGGUCAGGCUCUGCCUGCUCCUCCCCUCUGGGAUUCACAAAUGUCUCCCCAGUCCUCCUCUCCUUCCCUCUCCCUUCACAGGGGUCAGGCUCUGCCUGCUCCUCCCCUCUGGGAUUCACAAAUGUCUCCCCAGUCCUCCUCUCCUUCCCUCUCCCUUCACAGGGGUCAGGCUCUGCCUGCUCCUCCCCUCUGGGAUUCACAAAUGUCUCCCCAGUCCUCCUCUCCUUCCCUCUCCCUUCACAGGGGUCAGGCUCUGCCUGCUCCUCCCCUCUGGGAUUCACAAAUGUCUCCCCAGUCCUCCUCUCCUUCCCUCUCCCUUCACAGGGGUCAGGCUCUGCCUGCUCCUCCCCUCUGUAGUUCACAGAUGUCUCCCCAGUAAAUCUUUUCUACAUUUAAUCCCAUCUUAGCAUUUGUUUCUCAGAACUGAAACUAAUAUGGAUAGUUUUAAAAAGAACAACUUAUAGAUAAAUUGUCAGAAAAUGUCACACAAAA